AUGGGUGAGAGGGUCGUCUUUGACCUCCCAUCUUGUGAAAUUCAUGAGAUCGACACAGCGCCUGGGAAGUCCGCGAGAGCUUUGAAGCACCUGCUUAAGCUAAACCAUGCCAAUUAUGCGGUUCUUUGGAAUGAGCGGAAGUUUCAUAAUCAUGCACCACAUCUUUUGUGCUCCUCUUUCCUUCUGGGGGCGAAUUCGGAUGAUUUGAAUCGCGCGUAUGACAGCCAGUCAAAGGAUCUAGAUGCUUGGGUCGACUCUCCUGGUGAGAUUAGUACAUAUGACUGGCGAGAUUAUUGUGGCCAGCGGGAAUACCAACGCGCCUUUGUCGACUUUUUCGAAGACGAGCUUGUCCGCUACUGUUACGACUGGAAAAAGGUCGUAGCUACCUACUUGUUCUCCGGCAAGGAGCCGCUUUUCAAUUCUCUCGCGGCUGACCUCGGACACCCGCUAAUCCACAUGGCCUACGCCUUCGAAAUGUCCAGCCGCGAAGUUGCAAUCGAAGCACUGACCCUCACCGCAGUCUGCUACGGCACAACCCAUAAAUACCUCGACGACCCUUCGUACUCCCAAGCCGAGGCCUCCUACCACUCCACUUCAAUCCUCGAAGUCCUCUCCAAGGUCCGCACCGACAAGCGGCUCAACGGCUUUUUCUCCUCCCCGGGCCAUCACAAUAUCGAAACCCUCUUCCGCGAAGCCGAAGCCAUCCUUCUGGACCACUGGAACGCAUGGGAAAUCCAAGAGGACCCCCAGGAACAGUUCCGUGAGAGCCAAGAGGCCGCCGUCGCCCUGCUAACCACUACUUUAUCGACUCCCAACGCGGUGGCCGCGAAAUAUGAUUUCUUUUUCGUCCAUGUUCUCACGGCGAGUCAUGCCGUUCGCGUGCUGCUCCCGCUCAUCCCGGCUCGGUUCCAGGUCUCUCUCGUGCGACAGUGGUGGUUGAUGACUCUCUCGAUUUAUGUCGCCCAGCUUCGACCGGAGAUGAAAAUGGACUCUGUCCGGAACUAUGACAUCAAGGAUAAAGGCUGGAAGUAUGUAACUCACAAGGCGGUCAAGGGCGAGCAUUCCACCGAAACACAUUUUGUGAAAGCCGUGCGUGCGCUCAAGGUUCUCGCCAAUACAUGGGGUGACCCGGAUUCGUUUUAUCUCAAGGCUGCCGUAAAGUUCGCCGACGAGUUUGAUGGCUGGGGAGGGUUUGUUUGA